GGGAGCUAAGAUGGAGUCGGUAGGCAGAGCGGAGCAGCAGAUCAGUCUGGCGGCUCUGCAGCAGCAUGACCCCUACAUCACCAGCAUCGCGGACGUGACCGGGCAGGUAGCGCUCUACAGCUUCAGCCCGAAGGCCAACGAGUGGGAGAAAACCAACAUAGAAGGGACCUUGUUUGUGUACAAAAGGGCAGCUUCUCCUUAUCAUGGCUUUACGAUAGUGAAUCGACUGAACAUGCACAACCUGGUUGAACCAGUAAAUAAAGAUAUGGAGUUUCAGCUCCAUGAACCUUUUCUUCUGUACAGGAAUGCUAACUUGUCAAUUUACAGUAUCUGGUUUUACGACAAGAAUGACUGUCAUCGAAUAGCAAAACUCAUGGCUAAAGUGGUACAACAAGAAGCUCAGAGAUCACAAGUUUCCCAGGACAGAAAAAGUCCUACCAGAACCAAUGGCUGCAAUGAAAACAAGCCCAUUGACAUCCUGGAAAUGCUUAGUAAAGCCAAGGAUGAAUAUGAACGAAAUCAGAAUAAUGAUUUAAGUAUUGUAUCAAGUUCUGGAAUGCAACAAAAUGCAAAUCCUCCAAAGCCAGAAAGCACAGAGCCUUCAGAACAGAAAACAGCAAUACAAGAGCAGCCAAGGCAAAAGCAUCUGACUUUGGAGGAACUGUUUGGAACCUCUGUAUCGAAGGAACAGCCUGUAGCCCUGUAUCCCAAUCCAGAGAGAAUGGAAAAGUUGCAGACUGAUGCCUGUGCCAGAGAGCAGCACAAUUUGUUCUUGCCUUUUUCUUUUGACCAGUCGACAGCAAUACAACAAUCAUUAGGGAAAUCUGAAAGUCCAAGCGUUAAAACCAGUGCCAAUCCUUUGAAUCAGCAAGAAUGUUUAACACCUGUGCUAAUACCUCCAGCUUCAGUUUCCCAGCCUGAUAUAAAAAAUGCUUCAAGCUAUUCAGUUUGCUUAAGCCCUAUUCUUAAUUCAGCCUCAACAGUGGAAGCUGCCCCUGCUCAGAUGCUUCCUGGCCUCAGACAAAACAACAGUAUAAUGCAAGUUAUGCAGCAAGCUGCCAAGCAGAUAUCUCCAUUAGUGAAUCAGCUGCCAUCUGAAGUGAACCAUGGUCCACAAAAUCUAAUGGCUGGCCAAAGUCAGCUUACAGCACCCUUCAUGUCAGCAAAUACAGGAACUGUCUCAAAUACAUCCCAUACAAGUGUUGAUCUUCUCCAGAAACUCAGGUUGACGCCACAGCAUGACCAAAUGCAGCAGCAGUCGCUUGCUAAGACUUCCUUAACACCAAACAUCUCUGUCUCGGUUGGCCAGCUUGCAACACCAGAAAGCUUCAAAGAAUCUCACAGUAAGCCAUCAACUUCAAGCAGCAAGAUAACCUCUCCGCUUCAGUCUGUACAACAAAGCAAGGAAUCAGAAGUGUUUCCACAGACGAAGACUUUGUCUAAAGCAAGUCAAGUUGCACCUCCACAGUUUGUUACAGCCACAACUACAGUAACGCCUUCAAUCCUCUUGUCUCCUAGUGUUUUUCAGCAAUCAGCUACAAAACCUACUGAAGUAGAAAAUAAAGCCAGUUCUUCUUCACCUUUAACACUUGGAGCAACAGACAUUCAGCCUAUACCUCCUACUGUUCUCAGUAGGUCUCAGCUUCAAGAAGCACUGAUACAUCUAAUAAAGAAUGAUUCCAGUUUUCUCAGCACUAUACAUGAAGUCUACUUGCAAGUCCUAACCAAGAAUACAGACAACAUUAAGCUAUAAUUGAAGCUAAAUCUGCUUAAAAUAUAUCAGUUUUAGAAACUAUUAUGCCUCAAAUAUAAAACUAAUAUUUUUGUAAAAGAAUAUUUACUUUUCAAUGUCUUGAAUUUGAACCUCUUAGGAAAGACUAUUCCUUAAAUACUUAUGAAAAUAAUGUGCUCAGAAGUGCUGGAGGUUUUCACUGUGAUCGUCACCAGCAAACCUUUUUCUUUUUCUUUCUUUUUUCAGCUUUAUUUUAUGUUUUCUUAACUGGGGAGGGGAUUUUAAGUUGCAUUUGAGCUCUCAUUAGCAUUAAGUGAAUGUGCAAAUGUUUGCUCUGGCUCUCAUUCCUAGCUGUAUUCGCUUUCCAAGGAUUACAGACUCAAUGCUAUUUAAACCAGCAACUAGUACAGUACACUGCACAGCAUUGGAACAAAAUUCAGUUAUAGGAACCUAGCUGCAGUUUGAAGGACUGAGGAAAAGCAGAGCAAAAUGCCUUGGGAUGAAGUUGGCAGGUGUGGGAAAGGAAUGGAUCUGGAAGUCAGGCCUUUGGAGCUAAAUCUUUAAUGAAAUUUUAAAAGUGUGAUUUGCCCAAUACAUUGACAGUCUCUAGCUAAUGCACAUGAAUCUUAUCUUUUAAAUAUUCUAUUAAUCUUAUUUGCUUCUGCGUUGCUGACAUUAAACAGGUACCCAAGUGAAUGAGGCCACUUUCUUUAAAAAGGCAAAAUUUGAAAUAUGCAAAAUCCUUGGUGAUUUUAUCAUUUUUUUAUCUUUUUAAGCAACGGAGCAGUUCUGUUAAGUGUUAAAGUUCUCUUAUUUCAUAUUUAUAGUUAGGAGAGCACCACUGGAAAACCCUCUUCCCUUUAGCAGUGUUUUAUACAAUUGAAAUACUUUGUUUCCCUUUUAAUUUAGGGAUGAAUCAUGUCAUAAUUGGCUUUCAUUCCUCAGUUGUGUUGGAACUGCAGUAUUGAAACUCCAGAUGGGGAACAAAUGCGUGCUGUUCUUCUGUUGCCUUCUCCCCAGAUUGUUAGUGUAAACUUCAUAGUCUGAAGUUUCUCUAACUAAACGUUACGCCUUCAUGUAUGUGAUUUAGUAAUUCCCUAUUCACUAACAUAUGAAUUUAACUGGAUACUUUCCCACUUGAAGUCAGAAAAUUUCUGAUAGUUUCUUAUGCUGCUCUGAUGGUUUACUCAUGGCCUCUAUUUCUUGAAGGCAUGCAAAGGUAAUUAAUAAGACUUCAGCAAUAGUAGUUUUAAAGAAUGCUUUUUCCAGUAGAAAAGUUUUGGUUUAUUGAGAAAAAAGAUACUCUCUAGUGAGUUAUAAUGCACUGCUUUUUUCUUCUCCCUCAAGCACUACUGAAAUAUCAAGAAAAAGAUUGUUUGAUUCCUUACAACAUGUAUGUGUGUAUAUAUCCCAUGGAUUAGUUAAUGUUGACAUAGUCAAGGUGCAUGGUCAUUUCAUUGGAAGCUAGUAAUUGAGCUUUAAUUGUGACUUGUUCACAUAUCUGUAUGCUUUAGAUUCAACAAGUAUUUACAAAUUUAUGUAUUUGAUCUAUUUUAGGGUUUUUUCAUAGCUUUUUAGUGGAAAAUAUAUUUUGUUUAGCACUACCUGCCUUCUGAAAAGCUAUUCUCAGCCUCUGAGUUCAGUGUUUCCACUUAAAAUAUGUAGUAUUUUGUUAAGAAAAUGUGCAAGAUUCAGGGAAAUAUGCUAAUGUAAUGCACAUUCAUCAAGAAUUAUAUUGGCUUUAAUGGUAGCAUUAAUUCAGCAAUAUAAACUCUGCCUUGGUAAGGAAGAUAGGAGCUUCCUGCAUAAAUUCUAGAGGUAUAAUACUGUGUAUGCACAUAAACAGUGAGACUAGAAUGAGACCUAAAUUAAUUUGUUUUAUUGGGCUUUUUAGGAAAAGUUUCGCUAAAAGGGACACACCAAUGAGCAGUUCCUCUAAACAAAAAUGGAGAGCCUAAACCAAAUAAAGAGUUGCUUUUUCUCUGGGUUUAGGCAAAGAUGAAGGCCAUAACUCUCACUUCUUAUGGACAGCUUCCAGUUUCUUCAGAGGAAGAUUUGAUAAAAGCUUGUAAGAAUAGACAUACUGGAAGAUGAUAGUGCAUAUCUGUACUGUUAGCUAAAGGCAGUCGUAUCCAAAGAUCUAUAGAGAUGAUAGGAAGGAGUUGUAUUUUGAGUUCUUCAGUACAGUUGACAGAAGUAAUACUCUGUGGAGUAGCAGUGCUGUUACAGAAAUGUGACUCCACUUUGAAUAUCCUUAAUAUGUUUCCAGCUGUCCACCAACCCCCACAAGCAGUUGGCAGAUCCUUACUUUACUUUGUAGUCUACUGUUAGCAAUACAUUACUGAUUUACUUCCCUUCCCUUCAGUUCUCAAAUUGAAUUAGAAGAGAAACAGUUGAAAUCAUAGUCACUAAGCAUUUUUACAACAAGCAAACCUGUUUGUCUCAAACACCUGCACACAUUUGUUCUAACCUCUGAAUGUUUAGCCAACAGGCACCGUAACCAACCGAGGUGCCAUCCAGUACACUGCAGAGAUUGAUGGCAAGUGCCAGGGCAGUGGAUUUAACAGAUAAACCUCUUUAAAAGUUGCAUUGUAAAACAGAAGUUCAGCUACACUGUACAAUUUUAAUAUAUUUUUUAAAAUGUGGACUGUUAUUUAACUUUUUCUUCGAUUAUUUUAACUUUUUCCAUAAGUCUAAAAUUACAGCUUGUUGAAAGUGCUUGAUUCAUGUUAUCCUCACAUAGGGAUAACAGUGUGUAGCAAGUUGUUGCCAUGGGAAAUCACAGGAACUAACUGAUAAUUUUCAAGUUUGGUUUUUUUGGGGGUGUGUUUUUGUUUGGGUUGGGUGAAACUGCUGUCUUAAUGGGAUUUUACCUUUUAAUUCUGAGAAUUAAAAGAUUAUUAUUUUAGACUAUACUCCCUGAAGUCAUUGUAUUACCUAAGCUUGUGUUUUGUCUCUAGUGUUGUCACUCUAUUAGGCUCAAGCCUAAUAAAAGACAAGUUUCUAAAACCUACAUCUGCUGAACUGUUCAGGAAAAAUCAAAAUUCUCAGUUUUGUAGUUAGACUUUAUCUGCUGUUAUUUAAUAAUGCAAAGUUUGUAUGAAAGGUGCCUAAUAGCCAUUACUUUAGAAGCAGUUUGUCUUUCCAAAUUAAAUAGGAUUUGCAGAAUGUUUGAAUAGAGAUAAAAAUACUUAAGUGAUUCAUCUUGAUUUCACAUAAAAUGUUUAGUUCUGUGUAUAAAUACUCUAUAUUUAAACACUGCUGGAUAUAUCUUUUUUGCUUGCAUUUCUAAUUGUUUCCUUUUGGUAUGUUUUUGAAACCUAUUAUGUCGUGUAAUCACUGAUAUAAUUUCUGAAAUGUUGUUAAAAACAAACUUAAAUUUGGGACUUGCUUUUUUACAUCUGUUCUAAACAAAUCAACCACCUUUUUGUCAAGUGUUUGGGUUGCUUUGUACAGCAAACAAAAAUGUUAAGAUGCAAUAUCUUCAAGUUGGAAAAACUGCAUUAUCUCUGAUUUGGUGGUGUAUUUAAUCUAUUCAGUGUAUGGGCAUAUGGUUAGUUGUGGGAUUUAUGUACACUAUGUGCUUUUAGUAUAAAUUUCAGAGUUUUAUUUUUGUGGAUGCAACAGUUGUACCCAUUUGCAUGUUCCUUCAAUAUGAAGAUCAUGGGGAAGGGGGGCUUCAGGAAAGAUUUCUGAAAACUGGAACAAGCAUGAUUUUGAGUCAAUAUAUGGGGAUACUGCAUCAUUAACAUUUUUGUAUGGGUUUUAUAGCACCUGUGUGUGUUUGCAGUUAUUAAGUUAUUACAUAAAUGUUUAAGAAUGAGCAUUUUUUUCAUCCAAAAUUUUGUAUGUUUGCAAAUAUAUUUUUGUAAUAAAACUUCAAAACAAAUGU